AGCCAGAACAAGCUUGAAAGUAAACCGGGAGAAAAUAACGCAAGACUCCUCGAACGAAACUAAAACUUGAACCUGACAGGACCAAUAACUAUACGCAUCGAUUUUUUUCCUGUUUGCUGAACUUGAAGACUACUACAUUCCUUUUAUUUUAUCUUUCCUGAGUUUGUUAACAACGCAUAGUCUGUCAAAAUGAUGCGCAUCACGGACACCUACACCCAGAAGAACUCUCUGCUGAACGCCAUGAACCGCUUCAUCGGCGCCGUGAACAACAUGGACCAGACGGUGAUGGUGCCCAGCUUGCUGCGUGACGUGCCGCUGGAGCACGAGAAGGAGCCGGAGGUGAGCGCGCCCGGGAGCUACCUGCGGGACGCCGAGGCCGACAUGUUCAGCUACUACACGCAGCUCAAGUCAAUCCGCAACGACAUCGAGUGGGGAGUUCUGGGGCGCGCGGAUGAGCUGCGACGCAAGGAGAAAGAGUGCUUCGCACAAGAAGCCCCCCGCGCCAACGACAACGAAACGAGCGAAGAGGUUGACCUGGAGCAGCUGUUCCGGUUCCAUCUGAAGGGCUUGCACGGGGUGCUGUCAAAACUCACACACCAGGCCAACGAUUUGACCCACCGCUACAAGCAGGAGAUUGGCAUCGCGGGCUGGGGCCAGUGAGAAGCCAUUAUCGCACGCGCACUUCCACCUGCUGCUUGAACGUUCGACCAUGACCACCUUCGCACAGCACAACGCGGAGAAGAGUUGAACCUUUUUAAAAACAUGAGAUGUUCCGCAAAGAGUUCUCAAAGAAAGAAGAGAACGAGAGAA